AUGUCUCUUCAUUUCACCAAACCCACAACUCGACCAGAAUGGGCAGCUUCCAUUGCCGUCUGCCUCUUUGGCACCAUGGGUGCCAUCCAGGUUGGCAUUGCCGUAGGACUCCUUCCAUCUGAUAUUGUGUGGGGUGGUGCCAAUGAUGAGCUCACCUUCCAGGCCAGUAUUGCCAGUCUGGCAGCUUGCGCCAUAUUAUGUGGCAUGGCACACAUUGUUCACCGACGAACCAAACCAGGACCUUCCAAAUUCAUACGAGGAGCCAGUUGGUUCGUUGCCUUUUACAUGGGGCUCAAUACACUGGGAAAUGCAUUGGCGAAAACGUGGCUGGAACAAUAUAUCUUUGGAACCAUGACCUUUGUCCUAUGCAUUUGUUCCUUUGUUGUCGCAUCCUCGAAACCGUUGGAUGAUGAUGAUCCUUCAACAGAAGACGUCUCGGCAGAUGCGACGCCUUAUGGAACGAUGGAGUAG